UACUCAGACACAUGUCACGCAUUACACUUUACAAUUUUGUAGCAUACAUUUUACACUUCACACAUACGUCUUCGUCUUCGUCUUCGUCUUCGUCUUACUCCCUAAAAUCAAUAGCGUACAUUUUCUUCAACUUUCCACCAUGGGAGACCAAGACUACCACACAGCGAUUGUUAGGGGAGACCUUGAACUCGUCCAAGAAAUGGUGAAUGAUUUUCUUCAUAGGUUCGGAGAAGAGACUGCCAUUAAAAUCUUGGGACCAAAUGGUCAUGCAAUUCUACACCUUGCUGCUACCGCGGGUCGAACUACGAUUUGCCAGUAUCUAGUCGACACCAUCCAAUAUGCUAUUAGUAGCCGAGAUUUAAUGGAAUGGUGCUAACCCGAAUCUUGGUUUAGAAAAACCUUUGAUUAUUGCUGUACAUGGAGGCCAUAUAGAGAUUGUGAAAUGCUUGCUUAGAGCUGGCGCUAAUCCUAAUGCUACUAAUUUUUGUGAUCUUACACCAAUUGAAAUUGCGGCUAUGGAAGAUAAUCUUGCAGUUGUAAGCACCCUCUUUGAUGUUACUACUCGUAUUCCUCAUAUUCCGAUUUGGAGCUGUCAUGGAAUAUACGAGUAUAUCAACUCUCAGGAAGCAAAAAAUCAGCGGGAACUCAGAGCUGAAACAAGAUUCUUAGAAGUAAAAGCACAAGGAGCACAAGCUGUCAGAACAAAUGAUUACAGGACUGCAGUUUACUGGUAUACAGAGGGUAUGAGGAUGAAGCCAACAGAUGCGACCCUGUUCUCAAACAGGAGCCUUUGUUAUUCCCACUUGAACGUGGACGAUCUUGCACUCUCGGAUGCAGAAUUCUGUAAGAGACUGAGACCAGAUUGGUGUAUGGGACAUUACCGUGAAGGAGUAGCCCAUAUGAUGCUGAAGGGAUAUUCAGAGGCAGUAUCAGCAUUUCAGAAUGCGUGUCGGUGUGAUCCUCUCAAUAACGAGCUUCUAAAUGCUUACAGGAAUGUGUUGGAGGGACGGAUUAUUUCAGUUGUUGACUGAUUGUGUCAGCCGGCUCUCUGUUGACUGAUUGUGUUCAUUGCAAUAUGUAGUUUUGGUGACCGGAAUAGAAGAAAAGUGAUGUAUAUUUUGUGAUUAGAGUUAAAAAGAACUUGGCACAAACAUUUUGUCUUAGCGAUUGAUGUAUAUGUUAGAGUACGAUACAAAUGUCUUAGGGAAUUACAAAAUAGUAUGGCUGGAGUACUUGUGUAGUUUUUAGUGACAAUUAUCAUGUUUCCUAAACACGGAUUUUGGAAUUGAAUUCAUUUGUUUAAGAUUUCAAA